AUGGCGACGGAACGACGAAUAAAGUCUUUGAAGCUGCGACAGCGCAGCAUCCAAACGUCUUUCGACCUCAUCAAGGCGUUUGUCGACAAUUAUGAGGAUGAUACUGAUGCUUGUCAAGUACCGGUGAGACUAGAGCACCUUGCAUCGCUCUGGUCCGAUUUCAAUAAAGUGCAGGCAGAACUCGAAUCACUCGACGAAACCGGCAUCGAGCAACAAUUCAAACAUCGAUCCAGCUUCGAAUCUGCUUAUUAUAAAGUGAAGGGUUUUUUACUAACCCUUAAUAAAACUCCUGUUACACCGUGUGCUUCUGGUUCUCCUUAUGCUGGUCAUUUCCCUCCAUCGGCUUCGCACGUGCGCUUGCCCGAUGUCAAACUCCCAGUGUUCAGCGGGAAUCUAGAUAACUGGCUAAAUUUUCACGAUUUGUAUCUAUCGCUGGUUCAUUCAUCCGCCGAACUUUCCAACAUUCAGAAAUUCUACUACUUACGCUCUUCGCUAUCUGGGGACGCAUUAAAAUUGAUUCAAACCAUCCCCAUUAGUGCCAACAAUUAUGUUGUCGCUUGGAACCUACUGGAAGAUCACUAUCAGAAUCCUGCAAGGUUAAAGCAUACUUAUGUGGAUGCUCUUUUCGAAUUCUCAACUAUUAAACGUGAAUCCGCAUCGGAACUGCAUUCGCUGGUGGAAAAAUUUGAGGCAAACGUUAGAGUGCUACAACAGCUCGGCGAGCAAACACAGUGUUGGGACAUUUUACUUAUUCGAAUGUUAAGUAUUCGAUUAGACCCAACGACGCGGAGAGAUUGGGAAGAAUAUGCAUCGACCAGAGACGCAAUUUCUUUUCCUGAUCUUACAGCCUUCAUUCAACGUCGCGUGACUGUGCUCCAAAAUAUGCAAUCUAAUUCCGCUGACAUUGUAUUAGCUUCCAAUGUGAAAAAAGGAAACAUUCGCCCUGUAGCCAGUCAUGGAGCAAAUUAUUUUAAUUCUCGGAAAUGUAUCAUGUGCAACGAAAAUCAUGCUAUAUAUCAGUGCUCCAAAUUCUCAAAACUACGCUUGGAGGACAAGGAAAAGGAACGCAAGCGGACAUUCGUUCCGGUCGCAGGAAUCGGUCAGUCGUCUACCAAUGUUCGUCAGAAAUUUUUAACUACUAUACGAUCACGCAUUAGCGACUAUAGUGCCAACGUAGAGCUUCUAGUCUUACCUAAACUAACUGUAGACCUGCCAACCGUUUCGGUAGACAGUACGUCGUGGCAAUUUCCUCCGGAUAUACAGCUGGCUGAUCCUAAUUUUUGUAGAUCUAAUCCUGUCGAUCUAAUCUUAGGUGCCGAAGUCUUCUUCGAUUUAUUUAAAGUAACAGGACAAAUUUCGCUAGGCAACGGUAUGCCUGUUCUUAUAAACUCCGAGCUAGGUUGGGUAGUUUCAGGAAGGACUACAACCUGUCAGCGUAUUACACCAGUCAUUGCUAAUGUUGCAACCAAUGUCGAUUUACAUAAUCUAAUGGAAAAAUUUUGGACAUUAGAAGAAGAUUACAAAUCACCAUGCUAUUCUGCAGAAGAAGCUGCUUGCGAGGAACAUUUUCGCCAAACCGUGGCUCGUACGUCUGAAGGGCGGUACAUCGUAAGACUUCCUAUCAAACAGAACAUUUUAGCCAACUUGAGUGAUAAUCGUAAUACGGCUAUCAGACGCUUCUAUGCAUUGGAGCGACGGUUAAAUUUGGAUAGAGAGUUGGGUGAACAGUACAAGUGUUUUUUGGAUGAGUAUUAUGCUCUUCAUCACAUGCAACGCGUUGCAAAUCCACAUGAGAUAACCGUGCCAUGUUUUCAUCUUCCCCACCACGCUGUUGUUCGGGAUAGUAGCUCAACAACAAAGGUACGAGUCGUGUUUGAUGCAUCGUGCAAAUCAGCUAACGGGCCGUCCUUGAGCGACGCUCUUUUGGUAGGCCCUAUCGUGCAGGAGGAUUUGAGGUCAAUUAUUUUGCGCUCUCGCAAACAUCCUGUGAUGCUUAUCGCAGACAUUAAGCAAAUGUAUCGGCAGAUAUUACUUCAUGAAAGGGAUACCCCACUUCAACGUAUCAUUUGGAGAGAUUCCAGCGACGCUCCUCUCAACACCUUCGAACUGAAAACCGUUACGUACGGUACUGCGUGUGCGCCGUUCUUAGCCACACGAGUGUUAAAACAAUUGGCUAAUGAUGAAAGAACCAACUUUCCCGAAGCCGCUGAAACGCUUGGUAAAGAUUUUUAUGUCGACGAUUUAUUCACAGGCGCGUCUAAUAUCGAUAACGCGAAAACGUUGCAAAGGCAACUGGAAGGUUUAUUAGCCAAAGGCGGUUUCGAACUACGUAAAUGGGCUUCCAAUGAAGAAACUGUUCUGGAAGGAAUCCCCGAAGAAAAUCGUGCAUUGCAAGCAUCCGUCGACCUAAAUUUGAAUCAGUGUAUCAAAACACUUGGCAUUCACUGGGAACCAGCAUCAGACGUUCUGCGGUACCGAAUUAAUCUAGCGAUGCCGGCUACCCCGCUCACCAAACGUGUUGCACUAUCUCAAAUCGCUCAACUCUUCGAUCCCCUCGGUUUACUAGGUCCGGUCGUCACAACAGCGAAACUUUUCAUGCAAUCUCUAUGGAUGAUGAAAAACGAUGACGGAAGCCUUUGGGGUUGGGAUCAAGUGCUUCCUGCUUCGGUGAUUGAACGUUGGACCAACUAUCAUUCUCAGCUGCCUCGCUUAAACGAACUGUACAUCGAGCGCUGUGUGUUGUGUGCAAAUCCAACUAUAGGUGAUGCAUCGGAGCAUGCUUAUGGAGCAUGCGUAUAUGUGCGCUCUACCAACAAAGAAAACGCAGUCAAGGUGGCAUUGCUAACAACAAAAUCCAAGAUAGCUCCACUAAAACAGCAAACUAUUCCUCGGCUCGAACUGUGCGGAGCAUUACUAGCGACUCAGCUGUAUGAAAAGGUUAACUCGUCAUUACAGCUUCCUGUUCAAACCCAUUUCUGGGUAGAUUCCACGACAGUACUUUGUUGGCUUAAAUCACCACCCGCAACGUGGACCACUUUUGUAGCUAAUCGAGUGUCCAAAAUCCAACAAACGACUUCCAAUUGUACCUGGCGACACGUAGCAGGGAAGGAAAAUCCCGCAGACCACAUUUCACGAGGCAUGUCCGCGGAUAUGCUGCUACAAUGUGACCUUUGGUGGCAUGGACCUGCAUGGCUGCUUCGCAAAGAAACCGAAUGGCCCGCGCAAACUUCAUUUGUCAUCGAAAACCCUGAUGUAUUACGUGAAUCACGAAGGGUCAAUUGUGCGGCAACACCAAUGGCAAGCGAGUCAUCAUUCAUCGAUGAACUAGUCGGCAAAUGUUCAAAUUACCAGCGUAUGUUGAGGGUAAUUGCAUUUUGUCUCAGAUUUGCUCGAAACUGUCAGCAUAACACAACGGCUCAUUCGAAUUUCAUUGGCAUUUCUGUAGACGAAGCAAGAGAAGCGGACACCAGAUUGAUAAAACUCGUCCAGAAGCAAACAUUUGUAGACGAAUGGAAAUCGCUCGAGCAAAUGAAGCCUGUCUCUGCGAAAUCUCGAAUCAAAUGGUUUCAUCCGAUGUUAUCGCCUGAAGGCCUGAUACGAAUUGGAGGAAGACUAAAUCAAUCUCAUCAAUCCUACGACGCGAAACAUCAAAUCAUCUUGCCAUCCUCCCAUGCUUUAUCUAGCCUGUUAGUGAGAAGCUACCACGAAAAACAUCUUCAUGCUGCCCCUCAGUUGCUUCUUAGUACCCUUCGUCUACGAUAUUGGAUCAUAGGUGGCAGAAACUUAGCCCGUACAAUCGUUCACAAUUGUAUCGUUUGCGUCAGAGCUCGCCCAAAGCUCCUCGAACAGUUCAUGGCAGAGUUACCUUCAUCACGUGUCAUUGCCAAUAGACCUUUCUCAACAACUGGUGUUGACUAUUGGGGUCCAAUACUACUGAAAUCAACUCAUCGACGAGCCGGCCCACGAAAGGCUUAUGUAGCGGUCUUUGUAUGUUUCUGCACAAAGGCAGUACACCUGGAAUUAGUAGCAGACCUCAGCACUGCGAAGUUUAUACAGGCAUUGAGACGAUUUGUUGCACGCAGAGGACUGUGUUCAAACAUAUUUAGCGACAACGGAAGAAAUUUCGUUGGCGCUGCUAACGAACUUAAAUCACUUAUCCGUAGCAAACAUCAUCAACAGGCCAUCGCCGAGGAGUGCAACGAAAACGGUAUCAAGUGGCACUUCAAUCCACCUAAGGCGUCACACUUCGGUGGCUUGUGGGAGGCCGCUAUACAAUCGGCACAGAAACACUUCAUCCGAGUUUUAGGAAACCACAUACUGGCUCACGACGACAUGGAAACAUUGUUGACACAAAUAGAAUCCUGUCUGAACUCGAGACCAAUCGUCCCUCUUACUGAUGACCCAUCAGACAACAACCCGUUAACACCAGGGCAUUUCUUGACGGGGUCAGCACUAAAAUCAGUUCCUGAUUAUGACUUCUCUGCAGUACCAUUGAACCGCUUACGCCAGUGGCAGCAGACACAAAAAUUACUGCAAGAUAUCUGGAAACGAUGGCACAUUGAAUAUCUUUCAACCCUUCAAGCAAGAACCAAGUGGUGUAAACCACCAGUGCAGCUUUCGGAAAACCAGUUAGUGGUCAUCAAAGAAGAUAAUUUAGCUCCCAUGCGAUGGCCUACUGCAAGGAUAAUUGAACUGCAUCCUGGUCCAGAUGGUAUAACAAGAGUGGUCACUCUUCAAACGCCACAAGGAAAAUUCACCCGGCCAGUAGCAAAACUUUGUUUACUCCCUGUCGUGUCAUCGGAUGACUUUACCGCAACUGAGAACGUACCUGAAAUAAACAUACAACGCCCUGUUAAAAAGGGACACGAUAUUGUCACAAUUAUCACCAGCAGCAAAAUUGGAUUCCUAGCAGCCAUUGACAGUCGAAUGUAA